AAGGUUGACUUGAUGUAAAAUGUACUUACUAUCAAUAAUUUUGAUUAAAAGAGUCAUAAUUACUUUCGAGUAAGUUAAAAAAAAAUCACUUAAAAUAUUUUGACUCAGUAUAAAGUUUUAAAGUGGAAUGAGUAGGCUAUGUUUAUUUAUUUUUUUACUUUCCACAGACCUAUGUAUCUAUUUUUAUUUUCCUGGCAGUAAUGGCCUUCCAUACAUCCCUCCAGCCGAAGAGGGGUUGGUUCGGUUCAGUUCAGAGGGGAGAGGAGGGGAGGGGAGACCUGGAGCUCCAGCUGGUGUUGGGUUUGUGACGCGGGACCAGGUGGAGGGAAAUCUCCUUAGCAGGGUGGGAGUGGUGGCCGUAGAAAUAAACUGCGAGGGCGGUGAACGCAACACUCCGCUAAACAGCACAACAGCAAACAGCCGCUUCAUAACGAGCUCCGUCUCCUCCACAGGAAGUUCACCCGGACUACCCGCUGCAUCCUCCAACUACCGGCCGGUCCUGGUCCCGGUGUGGGUCCAUGUCCGAGGAAUCUCUCCUCAGGGGGCUUUAAAGCGACAGCAGGCGGCUCCCCGAGCGGUUUAUUUACUUUAGAGGUUGACAGAAGGCGUCAGGAUGCUGUGGCUGCUGCUGUGUCUGCUUACUCCGAUGGGCAUGAGCAAAAUCGCCACCCACGGCAUCGCUUCUAAAGAAAGACACAUCCACGAGGUUGCCGUGACGACAAGGCCUCACAUCUAUUACUGCCGCUCGCCCAACAUGGAGGACUUCACCUGCUGGUGGCAUCCGCUCGAAAACCUGACAGAUGGAGAGCAGGUCACCUACGUCCUCAGCUACUCCAAAGAUAAGGGGCCCAAACAUGAAUGUCCAGACUACGUGACUGCCGGCCCCAACAGCUGCCAUUUCGACAGCAGCCACACGUCCAUAUGGAAGAUCUACUGUAUGAACGUGACCGCCGUCACCGCCCACAGGAACUACACUUCCCAGGAGCACUGCCUGGACGUGGCAGACAUAGUUCAGACCGAAGCUCCGGUUAACCUGACGUACACGCUGAAGGACGCCGGCGGGGAAGAGAAUGGCCACAACGUGCUGCUGUCCUGGGCGUACCCGGUGCCCUCCGACCUGCAGUAUGGGUGGAUCACGCUGGUGCACGAGCUGCAGUACAGACGUGUCACCGAGCCCGACAACUGGAAGGUGAAGUACCCUCUGCGGGAGCCUCAAGUGGUGCUGCUCUGUCUCCCCGUCGACGACUACGUGGUCCGAGUUCGCUGCCGGUCGCACAACUACGGCCUGUGGAGCAAAUGGAGCUCCACCAUGCUGAUGAGCAUCCCCGCCAGGCCGCCCGCAGGUAAACUCCUGGUGUGGAUUCUGGUGUCAGGAGUCAGUGUCGUGGCUCUGCUGGUUAUCGCCUUCAGUGUUAUUCCACAGAGCAGGAGAAUAAAAGACUACUUCCUCCCGCCCAUUCCAAAGCCACGGAUCAUCGGCAUCGAUCCACUGCUCUUGAAGAAGAGGAACUUGGACGAAAUCAACCAUCACUUCAGUAACUUCCACAGCUACAGACCUCCGAGCUACACUGAGGAGGUUUGGGACCCAGUCAACGCUGAAGACGUCUAUCUCACCAUGCCGAAGGGCUGCAGAGUCCCGGCCGACCCGACAGACAGGGAGAACGACGCCUUAAUGGUCCCUUGUGACCUGACACCUGUGGCCGCUUCUCAUCAGUUCACCCAAAACCCUUCGUUGUACAUGCAGAGCGUGUCGCCCUACUGCUCCUCGCCUCCUGUAGCCUUCGCCCCGUCGCUGGACAUGUCUUCCCCGUGGCCGAGGCCGGACAUCGUGUCGCUGCCGGGAACAGAGUACAGCAUGAUGGGCCAUUCCGGCCUUAACGCUGUCCCUGCUCCUGACACCACCAACCGCUCACCACAGGAUUUCUACACCUGCGUCCAGCUCAUGAAUGAAAGCGGCGAGGUGCAUCUGGUGCCCUGCCUGCCUAAGGCAUACUGCCGCGAAUUCUCGUCUCUCCAGAGGGUUGAUUUAGAUGCAGGGGAGAAGGAGGGGAUGAAGAAGAAGCUAGCCGACCACCAGGCUAGGACCAAUAUGAUAAACCGUCCAAAAGAUGGAGGCGAGGCUGAGAGGAGCGAGGCGGCGGACCCUCUGCUGCCUGUUGCUGCUGAUAACAAGGGCUGAACAGAUCUGAAAAAACACAUACUGUGAGAGCUGGUGAGUGUGUUGAAACAUGGAGACUGUUGCCAUCUUCGCAGAGAGAAUCUCCUGUUACCGGCUGGUUUCACACACGACUCUGCUCCUGUUCUGUUCAGAUAAGAAGAGCGCCCGGGUGAUUUCAAAACAGGAAGUGAAACUUCAGGACAUGAGCCUCGAAAGAGCCUUUUAUUUUACCUCGCAAGAGGCCAGAACACGUCAACAAACAGAUGUUUUGUUGACAAAAUAAAACAAUGCAGACUCUAUGAAGCACUGUUUCUGGUGUGGUGAACAACGUUGUGUUGGUGACGGACACGUUUUUCUUUGCAAAAGUUCGUCUGGACCUCAACUUCUUCCUGUUUCUGGUCACCUGCCCAGAAACAGUUACACUUAAAUGGACCAAACCAGGUGGUGUUAAAGCUGCAGUUGGCAAGAAUUUAUGUAGUAAUCCAUAUAUGCUAAUUUCAAGUAUCUUAAGAGCAAAAUGUAAAACAUACAAACAAGCGCUCCAUCCAGAAGGCUUGAUUUGAUUGAUUUAUGGGUAAUGAAGUCCGUCAACUUUAAAGAGAGUACAGCUGCAGGCGCAUCUUAAAAUAAAGUAAACAUAACAAUAACAUAAAUACCACAUGCUGCUUCUCCCCGACCGUUGGUCGUCUCUGCAAAGCUUCACUUUCAGGAUUUCUUUCUCAGGAAAAAGGAGGAUAAAAGUGGGUUGUUUCAGGUUUGGAAGAGAGAGAGAGAAUGAACUACUGGUUUUAUUUAGCAUUCAGGCCCUCUUUCUUUUUUCUCUGUUAGUGUGUUUACAUGCAUUAAUAAUAUAAAUAUUAGCCUUACCUAGUCCUAGCUGUGUUUAUAGCAUUUUACACGUGACCAUAAGCUUCUUUGCACAUUCUUUAUGUUUCCUGCUGUGAACUAAUGAAACAGUGCUUGUGCUUUUCAACAAACUCAAAUAUAAACCACAUGUUCUUUUUAUAUGCUAGAAAAUUCCAGUUAAUAUCACCAUACCCCAGUUUUCACAUGCUUUUUAUAUUCAGCAUAUGGGAUUUUUCCAUUAAUAUACAUGCAAUGGUCUUUACAUGAUCCGGCUCAUUGAGGGAAUAUUUGCAGUAUCCUCAAAAUGAGUGGAAUAUUAAUCCGCAAGUGACGACACUGUGCCUCGCUCUGAAUCUGUCUCAUUAUCUUCCUCCAGUCUCUCACUUUUCUGUCUCAUAUGUAUCUCUCAAUAUCGUGACCUUCAACAGAUUUACUCCAAAAAAACUUGUUCACAGAGUUCAGGAGUAAACAAACGGUAACUUUCACAGCCUCAGGAAGACGUAAACUGUGAAUUUAAGCUCCCUUUUCUCUGGAUUUCUGUUCAUCAUACUCAGGAGGUUUGACAGACUUCUCUACCACUGUUGUAAUAUAUUGCAUAUGUCAGACACUGUGUUGUUUCCUGAUCUCUCCAAACUGGAAGUCUGCAUUUUCCAGAGAACAAACAGAGUUUUCUUCAAAACAAGGUACGGGAAGAAGCAGAACCCUCUCUGACCUAAUAUUUUUAAUAUAUUUUUUUUAAUCCUGUCUAGCAAAUUUAACACUAUUAAAAAAUAAUAAUAAUAAAAAUCGUACAUUAGAGAUUCUGAUAGACCUCACGUAGGGUUUUCUUUUUUUCUAAAAUGGAAGUAUUUUGGAUUACAAGCAGAGCAACGAGAAUCAGCAUUUAAAAUUCACCAUUCAGCCAAAAAAGAAGUAAGAAUGAUUUUUAAAACCAAAAUUAAUGUGAUGCCCCACAUGUUACCAAACUGGGAAAUCCACCAUUUUUGGUCUCAGACUUGGAGAUCCUCAGCCUUUCAUCCCAACCCUACUCUCAUUGGACUGGCCCAAUGAAGUCCUUUAACAUGGUACAUUGUUUGCUUGAUGUCCCUCGUGUCUAAACUUGUACUGGAAACCCCAGUCUCAUGGAUAUCUUCUGUUUGCUGGGGGGCAGUUUUAGUGUAUCUUGUGGUUGGUUAAAAUACCAGCAGCACAAACCACAGCUCACAGCUUGGCACAUAUGGACACUUGAUCAGGACCCCUUGGCAUCGCUUUUUAACACCCUGGGUACCCCUCUACUGUUGUUUUUGGAUGUGUAGGGCUCCGAGGUCAAGUUAGCAACUAUAAAUAUACAACAACCAGUUAGACUUUCAAAAUAAAACUAGUGGUUAAUAAAGUCCGGUGUCUAGCCCGCCCAUCCACCCCAACAACUUCCCAACAACGCCCCAACAACCCUAAGGGACUUCCCAGUAUGUUACGCCAACGAGUCUUGACCAAUGGGUCGAUUUGACCAGUUGGGAACUUUUUAUUGCCAGCAGUUGGGCAUCACAAUGAUUUUGGACUGCAUACUGUAACCACAGUGUUGAUGGACCUUCAGUGCGUUCACUCCCUUGUCGUUAUUAUUUGAGCCUCGUUGUGGUCUGACGAUGUGUAGCUGUAGCGUUCAUCAGAUUGUUCAGAUGUGGAUUAGGGUGAUAAUUUGGGGUCAAUCAAAAGUUUGUGGACUUGAUAGAAGUGGGCCUCUAGGUAUGAAGCACCUGUAAUUGUAAGCUGCACAGCCCCCCUCACUUCUGACACUGGGAACUCAGUCCUCAGUUACGUAGUGCCGUCACUGUGUUUUUCUUGUUGUUACACAUUGUGAUGUUAUCUAUUGUUGUGCCUGUAUGUGCCUUUUUUGUUUCACAGAGCUGUAUUUGUUUGCUAUUCAUACUCCGUCGUGUUGAAAUCUCAGCAGAUGUCUUGACCAGCCAAUGUGCCACUCCUACACGCCUGGAAAUGCUUUCAUGUGGGGCAAAUGGCUGAUGAGUCAUUUGAUAAGAGCAUGAAAGUAAUAAAAAAAAAAAACCCGCUCAGUGUUGGUACAUUAUUUUAUUUCAUUUUUUAUUGUGACAAAACCACUAAACAAGGUUUCAUUUCAACAUUUUGUCAGACAAAAGCACUUUGGAUUUGAUGCAAUAAAAAGUGAAAAGGCA